UCGAAUUCUUGUCGGUUUAUAUGGAAGUCAGGUAAUUUCUUCUCGAGGUAUCGACACACGUACGAGAUGUGUGCAUAAUCCUUGCAGCUUGCAAUACCGGCAAUCACGAAGAUGACCAUCACGUUAACGUCACGUCAAAAUGUUGAUGUAAUUAUAACACGUGAAACAUUUCAUUGUUUAUUUGGAAAAUGUCAUUACCAAAAUUCGUCGUGAAAAUGUUCAGUAGCAGAAAAACGCUGAAGAUCACAGAUCUUCCGCCCAACAUAUUGGAACGGAUCCUCAUGCAAUUAGACUUCGAGGAUUUGCUCACAGUGAAAGAGGUCAGCGUGAAAUUGAACGUAGCGUGCAAGAGCAUCAUCGAGAUAGGAUUGCUGAACACUUUGAAUUCUCUGCGCGUGAAGAUCAGCAAGGUCGAGGAUCACAUGAAGUCGAGAAGCGUGACUCUGGAGAAUAAGCUCAAGUUAAAUCAAGUGCACACGAAGCUUCAAAUCCUCGCAAUCAAUUUGUUUUCGGUGUACGUCUUGACCAGGCAUUGUUUAAAGAACAUGGAUUACUUCACCAUAGCUUCGGUCCUCGACGAAAUCAUCGCAGAAUUAACGCAGAUGAACAACACUGAAGUAUUGACUUGGCCAAUGAGCGACUUUGUAAAGUCAGAUAUGCUCAGUAAACUUAACUUAUGCAACGCGGUUUACGAGCAUAGCAAUUUACCAUUUGGAGUGUACAUAAUGGAUAUUUUGGAUCUGCUGAUGGGCAUCAACUAUACCAUAUCAUGUGAUUACGACACUCUGAAGAAUAGUUGCUCCGUUAACGCCAGUUACUUUACGGAUAACACGAAGUUCCUCUUGUACUUGCCAGACUUUUCCUUCAUGAAGGAUUGCCAGGACAGGAAGUUGAGUCAGGCCGAAGAGGAGGGUAUCUUGAAAUACCUCCUGCUUAUAGUUAAUCUGUAUAACGGAAUGUUCUACAAGAACGAAGAGUACAACAACGAAAUUCUACUUAGGAACAGCGCUUACAACCCCGUUAAAUCUACAGUGGAAAUAUGCAGAAAGCAAUUGAGCAGAACCUUCCAGGAUGUUGGAAGAAUCUUGGAGACUUACGAGAAGAUCGUUGAGUACGAUGGGAGUCUGAAUAACAAGAGGAAUGGGGUAAGAUUAGAUGUAAAUUUUGAAUUAUUCCGAUUAAUAGACGCGCAGGGACUUCUCCUUUGCGAGAUGUAUUUGGAAUGCAGUCUCGCAGAAGCACCGUUUCAGAUACAGAAGAGCUAUGAGAAUCUUAGGAAUCAUUUGGUGCUGGAGGAGUAUCAGCAUAUAAAUUUACAUCAGACUACGAGUGUUAAUGCCAAGGAUUACGGUGCUAAGAUCAAGCUGAAAAUUUGCGUGCAGAACAAAUGCACCGAAGGAUUUGAAGUUAACAUCCUUGAUGGGAAUAGGAUCUCUGAUUACCAACCAAACUACCUUUCUUAAUUUAUAUACAAAUAUUAAUUGCAGCAAUAAAUUAUCAUUAAUCUUUAACAAACUAUGAUUUUACAUAAGUUAAAAGU